GUUUGAAUGGACUCAACUGUUUAAUUCAGAGUCAGCAAGAAUCUGCUCAUAUUGGACAGAAAACUACGGAUCUGAAUAUAGAAUGACCACUGAAGAAUAUGAGUUGGAUUACGACGAAGAACCAGUUGUCGAACAACACGCGUCUUCCACCAAUCCAACAGACGAUGGACCAUCUACCAAGGAGAUCUUCGGAAUAUCUCGUCCCCCAGUUGCUCAGUUGUCGCAAGAGGACAUCGAUUGCCUCUACCGCGAGUUGCGAGUCACAAAAGAGAGCCACAACGUACGGGUGGUGUUUGUGAAAGGGACGGACGACAUGACUCGAUUCGCCGUGGAAAAAAUUUUUGCUGAGUAUCAUCCAUGCCGUGUAGAAAUCCUAGACAAGUCUUCGGCCCUCAUCAGUUUUGCGAGUCGAGCCGACUGCGUCAGGAUGAUGAUUGGAAUGACAAAACCUCUUCGACGGUAUCGAGCCACAAGAGCUGCAGAAGACGGGGAGCUGACAGACUCAGACGGUGAAGAGGAAGAAGGACAAAUUAAGCAUGAAAAAGGCGACGAUGUGGCUCUGGUGGCGCAUAGUGGAGAAACAUCGAAACGAAUAACACAAGAUGCUGUGGAGGUGGAUGUGGACGCCAUAGAUAUCCCUAGUGGACGAUGGAGGGUUGUUACAUCACAUGUGCCGGAGCGACGUUUCAUGAUCGCGAAAUUCGCAACAAAUGCUGAAAUCGCCGAAGCUCGAAAAAUCGUUGCUAAUGCAGAAGAGGAUAUAAACCGAAAGCGAAGAAAGGAUGUAGAUGACCAGGGUUUCGCUUACACAUGGUCAACGGAGCAAAAAGUGAGACCUGGUCUCAAUGUUUUCGACGAGAAGGGUAACGAACUGGAAUGGGAUUACGAACACGAUACGAGGUUUUACGAUGAUCCAAACGCUGAAAUGGACAAAGACGACAAUAAACCUGCUGAUACUGACUCUCCAGCACCUCAAGCCAAAGUUGUCAAGGGACGAGGAGCAAAGAAAGGCUCGCAACUAUACAAUGGCAUCGGACAUACAUUAGCAUCGGAUGAUCUCGACAACUCCGCCCCCAAACGGCGUCGGUUAGCCGGUCGACUUGCGAACGUCGAUCACGAUGAGGACGAGAGCGACGACGAAGCAUGGCAACGAACGCCGUCCACCCCCACUCCGCAGCCAUGGGAUCGACUCAAAGGCCGCCUCGCGAACAGGGUGACACGACAAAGCUGAACCGGUCGAAGAGACUGAAUGUUUUUGAUGCCCAGCGCGGUAACCUUAAGCCACACAAACCGCCUGUGAAUCUGCUUCAGUGGAACCCCUUUGACUUCCCUAGUAUGGAUCUCUUUCAUUCUUAGAAAUCACGAUGGUCACUCAUAUUUUUUUGUUUUUGUCAGGGCUUGUAUUAGGGUUUUGAAAAUUCUUUCUGUAUGUGGUUGCCGUAACGUAACGUCAAUAUUUAUCGUUUUUAUUCAUCCAUUCUUAAGGGGUAAACAUUUUUUAGACUGAAUGUUUAACGUUUUCAUUCACAUUUUUUUAACCGUCUUUUUGCAUUUUUGUAAAGUUUCCAG